AGUAUCACGUCAACAGCAGCAAGUAUAGGAGCAGCAGGGAUCCCUCAGGCCGGGCUGGUGACUUUGGUGAUGGUCUUGGACACGGUCGGCCUACCCCCCGAAGACGUCACCCUCAUCGUGGCCGUCGACUGGCUUUUGGAUCGAUUCCGGACGACCAUCAACGUAUGGGGAGACUGCCUGGGUGCUGCGAUCGUGGCGCACCUGAGCCAGAAGGAGCUGUCCAAGACCCCCAUGCCCGAAGCCACGACCAUGGACCCGAACGACAUCGAAAUGGGAGGCACCGACCCUGAAUCAUGGGAUAAGGUCAACGGGGACAAGCUCAACACCAUCACAGCCAAAGGUGGCCCAGAGGACCCGGCUGAGAGCACGGCCAUCUGAAGAUUCUCGCGUGGCGGGGGAAUGUGAUACAAACUGAGAAUUGCAGCUCUUCUUCAUCUUCCUUGUUUGGGAAAACGAAGGGAAUCCCUUCUUCCUCCCGUUAUACAAACUUUCAAGAUACUAAGUCACCCUGGCUUGAUGUGAGUGUGAACGGCGAUCCCGAGGUUGAAGGUGACCCAGGAUCCAGUGAUCCUGUGAGGGCGUUACUGAGACUUCAGGCAGAGAGACGGCGACUGUCCGCAGAUCCCUCUCAUUCCGACUCCUCAUACCUUUGUGGAAAUAAGUUCACCAAUUUGGCAGUCUGUCGCCUAACCAAGGUCUACUUUGCGACGUCGGUGUACAUGCACGGCCACUUGUCCUAACGACUUGUCUACAUAUUGGCCUGACGCUUGUUUGAUCCUCAUGCACACGUUUUUUGUAUUCGAUUGAAAUGAUUGAGUAAUUGUUUCUGGGAGGGAAAGUUCUCUUGGUAGACGAUGUCACAGAGAAAAGGUGGAUUUAUGAAGGUUUUUGUGUGUUGUACAUAACCCAAGUCCUGUUCAUAAGUUUCCUCGUGCUGUACCUAAGGUCCUAGACACUUUGAAUCGAUACCAGUAAGAUGCACUGCUGAGUCAUCAUUGUUGACGUAGAAAAAAAAAGGAAUUUUAGAGGAGGUAUUACAACCGUGUGAUAGAUGUAUUUUUCUACGCCCGCUUUCCUGUAAAGGUGUGUUGGAUGUUGUUGUUCCUCUUGUUCAUGCAGGUGAGCGGGUUCUCUGUUGAAUAUGUCGUAAAGUAGACCCCAUCCCAUUUCUGAGAAGUCACACAUCCACUCUUCCCCAAAUCGGUCAUGCGGCGGAAGAAGUUUGAAGGAGUUUGAAGCAGCAGAUCGAGUACAUCCGGUCGAAGUGAUGCAUCGUGGUGGCUGCCGGGUACACGAAAAUAGUUUCACACAUUAUUCCCCACCCCCCGUCGAAACGCAAGCUCUGUCUUGCCCGAACGACUGGAAUUGAUGCCCAAAGUUUUACGGAUGUUUUGUUCAUGAUCGUCCUCCUCAUCCCAGCCAGAUGUGUGACCUGAAUAACUUGCUUGCAUUGUUUGUCUCUGUGAGACAUCCCACUGAUUUCUAUCUGAUUUCACCCUAGAACUGCGGAUUGGUUUCAACAUUCUCCCGUUUUGUGAGCUAUACGUAUAUAUAGUCGUUUCUUAUAGUUUUCAAUUGUUGGCAGGACUGAUACCGAUGGAGCGAAAGGUGUGACGGGCUUCAUGAUUGGUUUUGAACCUCAAGAGUAACACUCGAGAUGGUCCGGUGAAAAGUGACAUGCUUUCAUGCCCGGUGUCGAACUAGAAAUGCAUUCAGGUCCAAAAAAAAAUACAAUGAAAGGCGAUUGUCAUGUGAUUUGAUGUUUUAAUUCUCGGUUUCUCUGAAAUAAACCAGAAAUGGUACAGACUGAUGUACAAA